AGGCAGCUCUGUCUUCCCAGAAGAUCCACUUCUGUGAGACUUGUGGUCCAGUCUUGAGAGACAUAUUCCAUUUGGCUGAGCCCCAGGGAACACCACACACGCAGAAAGUGUGCAGGUGUGGGGUAUGUAUGAAACAAUUUCAUUUUAGAGCAAACAUCCAAAAACACCAGAAAAAGAGAAAAACAUGUCUCACCCUGGGAGAAUGUAAGAAAUUGUUCAGACCCAGAUGCGCACGUACUGAGGACCAAGGUGUUCACAGUGGAAGACAGUAUUGUAUGUGCCGUGAAUGUGGGAAAGCAUUCAGGUAUCAGUCUUCGUUAGAAGUUCACCACAGAGUGCACACUGGUAAAAGGCGUCAUGUGUGUGGCAAAUGCGGCAAGACUUUCAGGCGAACCUCAACCCUCAAUCAGCAUCGAAGAAUUCAUUGUGGGGCAAGGCAGUAUAAGUGCGGCAAAUGUGGGAAGACCUUUAACCAUACAUUUGUCCACAUUUAUCCCUGGAGAACUCAUACUGCUAAAAAAUGUGACUUAUGCCGUGAAUGUGUGCAGUCUUUGAGACGUAGAUCCAUUCUUAUACGACAACGGACAGUUCACUCUGGAGAAAGGCGUUAUGAGUGCACACGGUGUGGGAAAUCCUUUAGAAGAAAAUUUUACCUCAUUCUACAUUGGAGAGUGCACACUGGAGAAAGGCCUUAUGAAUGCAGUGAGUGUGGGAAAACUUUUACCCGUAGUUCAGUACUCAUUUUACACCAGAGAGUACAUACAGGAGAAAGGCCUUUUGAGUGUAGUAAAUGUAGGAAAUCCUUUACCAGUAGUUCGAUACUCAUUCUACACCGGAGAGUACACACAGGAAAAAGGCCUUAUGAGUGCACUGAAUGUUGGAAAUCCUUUAGCCAACAAUCUUACCUCACUCAACACCAGAUGGUUCACAGUGGAAGAAAGUCUUUCGAAUGUAGCGAAUGUGGGAAAUCCUUUACUUCUCACAGUGGCCUCCGUUACCAUCUGAGAGUUCACACUGGAAAAAGGCCUUAUCAGUGCAGUGAAUGUGGGAAAUCUUUUACGUCUCGCAAUGGUCUUCAUUACCAUCUGAGAGUUCACACUGGAAAAAGGCCUUAUCAAUGCAGUAAAUGUGGGAAAUCUUUCUUAUGUGGUUCCUACCUCAGUAUUCAUCAGAGAGUACACACUGGAGAAAGACCUUAUCAGUGCAAUGAAUGUGGGAAAUCGUUUCUCCGAAGACAUCACCUUCUUACACACCAGAGAGUUCACACAGGAGAAAGGCCUUAUCACUGCAGUGAAUGUGGGAAAUCUUUUACAUCUGGUUACAACCUGAGUAAUCAUCAGAGAGUACAUACAAAAGAAAGACCUUAUCCGUGCAGUGAAUGUGGGAAAUCCUUUAUGCUAAGACAGCACCUUCUUGUACACCAGAGAGUUCACGCAGGUCAAACACCUUAUAAGUGUAGUGAAUGUGAAAAAUCUUAUUGUUCAAAGUUCAAUCUCAUUCAACAUCAAAGAGUUCACACCGGAGAAAAACCGUAUCAGUGCUGUGAAUGUGGGAAAUGUUUUACCUCUAGCUCUGUCUUUAAUUACCAUAAGAAAGUUCACACUGGAGAAAGGCCUUAUCAGUGCAGUGAAUGUGGGAAAUCUUUUUUGUCAAGUUCAAACCUCAGCACUCAUCAGAGAGUACAUACAGGAGAAAGACCUUAUAAGUGCAGUGAAUGUGGGAAAUCCUUUUUCCGAAGAUAUCACCUUCGCACACACCAGAGAGUUCACACAGGAGAAAGGCAUCAGUGCAAUGAAUGUGGGAAAUCUUUUGCAUCUGGUUUUAAUCUCAGAAAUCAUCAGAGAGUUCAUACAGGAGAAAAGCCUUAUGAGUGUAGUGUAUGUGGGAUAUCUUUUACCACUAGGAGGAAACUUCGUUAUCAUCAGGGAGUUCACAGUAGAGACGGACCUCAUGAGUGCCGUGAAUGUGGGAAAUCUUUUACCUCUUAUUAUGCCUUUCGUGAUCAUCAGAGACUUCAUACAAGAAAAAAAUCUUAUGAAUGUACUGAAUGUGGGAAAUCCUUUAGAGCAAAUUCUCACCUCAUUGAACACUGGAGAGUUCACACUGGAGAAAAGCCUCAUCAAUGUAGAGAAUGUGGGAAAUCUUUUUCAUCUGGCUCCGGCCUCCGUUAUCAUCAGAGUGUUCAUACUGGGUUAAGGCCUUAUGAGUGUAGUGAAUGUGAGAAAUCUUUUCUCAAGAGCUCAACACUCAUUCGACAUCAAAGAAGUCACACAGGAGAAAGGCCUUAUGCGUGCAGUGAAUGUGGGAAAUCCUUUAUACAGAAGCAUCACCUUCUUGUGCACCAACGACUUCACACAAGAUAAAGGCCUUAUGAUUACAGUCAAUGUGGGGAAAACUUUAAGGAUAGUUCCCAGUUCUGUUAAUAUGGAGAGAUCACACUGGAGGUAGGCAUUUGAGUGUAAAAAUGUGGGAAAAAUUUUUAGCUAUCUUACCUUUCUUAACACCUGUGUCUUCAUAUUGG